AUGUCGACCAGGGUGGAUGAAAUCGACGAGAAAAAGCAGGGUGGCUAUACACUGGGGACAGAGGUGAAUAGCUCGGUUGACACAAUCAACGCACUAGUUGCUGAAGAUCAUCAACAUGAUAUCAAGCUGCGCACCAUGUCUUGGCAGAAAACGGCCGUUCUGCUAGCAGGAGACCAAGUGUGCUUGGCCAUCAUGGCGCAAUCGUGGUCUCUUAGUGUGCUGGGUUGGGUCCCUGGUAUCAUCACAAUGGUACUCGCCGGUAUUUUGUUCUGGAUUACCUCGAUCACAAUGCACAAGUAUAUCAUGAAGAACCCUCAGAUUAAGGACAUCUGUGACUUCGGAUACUACGUAUUCGGGCAGAGCAAAGCCGCCUACGUCUUCUCUGCAUUCAUGCUGCUGGCGAACAACAUUCUCCUGAUUGGAUUCCAUGUCCUUACUGGUGCUAAGGUCCUCAAUACCUUGUCCGAUCAUUCAUUGUGCACUGCAGUCUUUUCUGUUAUUACGACCAUCAUGGGUGUCAUCAUGUCUACCCCGCGGACUUUGCACCACGUCAGCUUCAUGUCUAUGUUCUCCUCUGCCUGCAUGGGAAUCGCAAUUCUCCUCUUCCUUGUUUUUGCCGGCAUUGAAACGGCUCCCCUAUACGGAUACUUCGGCGACUACCCGACGGAUGGACCCGUGAAAACAUAUGCGUUCCCUCUCCCGGGUACCACUUUCGUCAACUGCAUGAAUGCUGUGUUGAACAUCACCUUCCUCUGGGUUCCACAGAUUCUCUUCCCGUCCUUCAUCGCUGAAAUGGAACGGCCCCAGGAUUUCCCUAAAUCCCUGGCUGUGCUCGGGGUGAUAUCAGCAAUCCUGUUUAUUGUCCCUCCCGCCAUUGGAUUCCGGUAUCUCGGUCAAUACGCCACGGCUCCAGCCUUUGGCAGUCUGGGCGUUGAUUCGUACAAGAAGGCGUCUUUUGGCUUCGUGAUCGUUCCGACACUCAUCAUUGGCGUGAUCUAUGCUAAUGUAACGGCAAAAUUUAUCUACCUCCGCUUAAUGGGAGCCUCCAGACAUGCGCACAGCAAUACCGUCAUCGGCUGGGGGGUAUGGAUCCUCGUCAUGGUUGUCAUCUGGAUUAUCGCAUUUAUCUUCUCCGAGGUUGUGCCUAGCAUGGGUGACUUCCUCUCCCUACUAGGCGCGGCAUUUGAUUCAUUCUUCGGAUUUAUCUUUUUCGCUGUCGCUUAUUGGCAGCUGAACCGGGGAAGGCUUUUUGCUGGCCUGGGAAAAACGAUAAUGACUCUGAUCAAUGCCUUCAUCUUGUGUGUUGGACUGUUCCUGCUGGGACCUGGUCUUUAUGCUGCUGUCGAGGCCAUCAUUACGGAUUACUCGGGGAGCGUGACGCCUGCCUUUACCUGUGCAAAUAUGGCCAUCUAA